UACAAGAUGCCCGAGGUGCGAGACCUUUCUGAAGCCUUGCCAGAGAUGGCCAUGGACCCGAUCACUGGAGUCGGAGUAGUGGCGUCCAGGAACAGCCCCACUGGAUAUGAUGUGAUAUCUACAACAACAGAUGGCCUGGAUGCUGACCUCUGGAAAGAUGGCCUCUUCAAAUCCAAGGUGACCCGUUACCUCUGCUUCACCAGAGUUUUCUCCAAAGAAAACAGCCAUUUAGGAAAUGUGUUGGUGGACAUGAAGCUGAUUGACAUAAAGGACACUUUGCCAGUGGGUUUCAUCCCGAUCCAGGAGACUGUGGACACUCAGGAGCCGGCCUUCAGGAAGAGGCGACUCUGCAUUAAGUUUAUUCCAAGGGACUCCACGGAGGCAGCCAUCUGUGACAUCCGUAUCCUGGGACGCUCCAAGCAGGCUCCUCCUCAGUACACCUUCAUAGGGGAGCUGAACAACAUGGGAAUCUGGUAUCGGAUGGGGAAACGUCCUCGUGCUCAGGACUCCACGCAAACGCCGACCACCAACAACAUCCAAAAUAUGAACUCCUCCACCGCCCCAGUCCCAGCUGCGCCAAUGCCCAAGCACAUUUCUAUGACCCUACCCGCCAGCUUCAGAGGGAAGAACACCACCAGACCAGACUAUGAGCACCAGAACUCCAACCUGUACGCCAUCUCAGCCAUGGACGGAGUGCCUUUUAUGAUCUCUGAGAAGUUUGCCUGCGCCUCUGAUCUGCAGCAGGUGGAUCUGAUGGGAAUUACCAUCAAGUCGCUGGCUGAGAUUGAAAAGGAGUAUGAUUACAGCUUUCGUACGGAGCACAGUGCAGCAGCUCGCCUCCCUCCCAGUCCGACUCGGACAUCCCUGAGCUCCGAGGCCUGAGCAUCCCACCCCCCUCUGUACCAACACCAUCAGAGGAAACUCCAACACAACUGCUGAAACCUGCCCAGAACUAACAGCGACUCCAUAUCGACCGCACCGGCAGGAAGAGUCCAACCACAUGUGGAGAGGUUGUGGUUUCUGUUAUUUGUGCUGUUGAAAUGAAAAGUAGAUUAAAACCAGUCGAACUACAGACGAUGCUGUAAAACCAGAUGGAAACACUCACUGUUGGACAAAAGACUGACUUCAUUUGUUUGUUUUUACAAGGAAGUAUAACGGAAUCUCACUAA